AUGCCGCCCCUUCGAUCGACCAUCUCCAGCCACGAUAGGAGGCUCCCUUCUAAACCACUCCCGCCGACCAGGGGGGUCUCAGCGACAGGAGCAGGGACCGGUGUCCGCCCGAGGCUGUCACCUCCGCCCUUCUCGUCACCUCCUCCUCGAUCGCUUGUACCUUCUCGACGGCCGACAGGACAAACGCACAUGCUAACGACAGAAGCACCCGCUCCUACCCAGUCCAAGACCGAGAGGCGGAUUACCCCCUGUGUCGAGUUUGCCAACAGACUGUUGAACCUGCUGUCUGUGCCGAAUGAUAUACCUGCCGCGGAAGGGCUUACUGAGGAGAUUACUGGACAUAUUGACAAGCUUCAUUUGCUUUGCCAACGGCCUCAGCCCUCCUCCUCUGCGCAGCAUCAUCAGCAGCAGCACUCGCCCGAAGAAACUGACAUUGAUGGUGUUGGUGUCAGGCUGUGGAAUUUAUGCACGAGAUUAUGGCGGGACUGCAACGACCCGAUCAACCCGCCUGAGGCCCCCAAUACUCGGCUGAGGAAACUUGCGCUCUAUGGCAAGGCGCUGGGGUUUUGGCUGGUGGUGUUUGCCCGCUCGGCCAGGAACAAGAGGAAGAGGAGGAGUGAUCUGGUGGAUGUGAUCAAACUUGGUUUGAAGAUAACAAGGGACUUGGUGGGGACGAAGGAGACGAAGCUGUCGGGGAAUGCGCUGCAGAUUGUGGCCGAUCACAAAACUCAUUUGCAAGAUUUGGGACGGGAAGGCUGGAUGGAGGAAGAGGUUAGUGAGGCGAAUUGUUUGGAGGUGGAGUACUUCAUCUGGAGGACGGCGCUGGCGUGGGUGGAGGGGAGGUUGGAUGUUGCCGAGCAUAUGUACAGCAGUGCUGAGCGCCUGAGGGGGUUUCUCACGAGGGAUUAUACCGAGAGGCUGGCGGAUGUGCUGUAUGAGAUUGGGAAGAGUCUGAGCGGGAAGGAGGACUAUAAGAUCGCGGUCAAGUGGUUGGAGAGGGCUAAUGAGGUGGUGAAUAGUGUGGGUGUUGAGCAGCUUACGAGGGAGGGGGUGGAGCUGAGGUUGGCGAUUUUGCAGGCGUUGAUUACUGCGUUGCUGGGGACGGGAACGGAGGAGAAUUAUGGGAAGGCGAAGAAUUAUGUUGAUUUUGUGGAGGUGGAGAUGGGGAAUAAGAUGGUGGUUUGUUUGUUGAAGUUGGAGGUCAUGUAUAAGACGCCUAAUGCGGAGGUGUUUGAUGAGGAGGGGUAUGCGGAUGUGUUGAGGCAUUUGAUUAGGAACUUUGAUGGGAAGAAGGGGAUGGGGUCGGGGGCGGAGUUCAAGUUGGUUGUGCAUCAUGUGAGGAGGUUGCAUGAUAAGGCUCCUGGGGCGGGGUGUGCGGUGAUGGAUGAUUUUAUUUUGGUGUUGAGGACAUUGGGGGGAACUGGUGGGCAAGAGUUUAUGGAGAAGGCGUUGGUGACGAGGAUGUGGAUGAUGACGCAGCAGAGGGAUUCGAUGGAGACGGUGAGGAGGUUGGGCGAGUUGUUUGGGAAUGUUGCGAGGGCUGUGAGCGCUGAGGCGGCGGUUGCUGCGCAGGCGCUGUUGUGGAAGAAGUUGGAGUUGUCGUAUAGUCAGGGGGAAUACGCGCUCGCCGAGGCUUGGUGUCAGUUGGCGUUGGCGCCCAUCUUUGAGAAGGGCGAAAGAAAGCUUCUCCUCUGUGCUCUGGCCCGUAACAGCAUGGAGACGGCAACAAGAGUCAUCAACGACAUGUCGGCUACGAGCUGGAAGGAGCCCAUGACCGCAUAUCUUGCCUUCAAAGUCGCCAUACGGACUGAAGACCGAGUAUUGGCUGGAAAAUGUCUCGAAACUAUCAGUCAGACACCUGAACAUGUCGACUUUCUGGGGGCUUGUAUUGCAGAGUCCCAGAAGGCUGGGGACGUCAUCUGUGCUAUUGCCGCUCUCAAGAAGCUGCAGGAUCGAUAUGAGUACAAGGAGCCGAAUCCGAUACAUUUGCCGGCGUUGUUCAGGUGUACCAUUCGACUAUUGAACAUGCUCGUUGAUAGGGCAGACGCUGGUGAAAACGGGGUUGUUGAAGACCUUUGCGAUAUGUUUGAUGCUGUCGUUGUCGCCCUCGAAAAGCAGAAGAAAGAGAAUCCAAGACGCAAGCUGUUUACGGUUGACGAACUCGAGUGGUUCAGCCGCAACUCUUAUAACCUCGCUCUGAAGAACACAACCACGUGGGACCUACGGUACAUAGUCAGAAUGCUCACCUCUUGCGUCCAUAUCACCGGCCACUUUCCGCCUGACAUGGGAGGGUCUCAGCUUGUUGAGAUGGGUUUGAAGAUGCUCUUUUCCCGGUUCAUCAUUUCCUCGGCGUUGGUCUCCCAAGCAAGGGCGGAAGACAAUGUCACGAAGCAACUAGAAUAUUACACCGCCAUGCGAGAACAUGUUUUGGCAUUCGAUACCGACCUUCCAGAGCUUUUGCCACAGCUAGACGAACACUCGAGGGAUGACAUGCUAAGGAAACACGCCACGCUGCUGACAUUUGACUUUGAAGCCGCGGUAGUGCUGGAAGCGUGGGAUGAUUUGGGUGGGAUUGUGCAAAGAGCAGUCGGCUGCAAAAGUGUGACGGCUUUUCAGGCUAUGGCGGAUAGUUUGCUCCGAGCGAGAGCUCCAGGACAAGUUCUGUACUCAACCAUGCGAAAACUUGUCAAUGAGAUUUGGGCGCUCGAGGCGUUUGACGCGGUGAAAUUGGCGAAGUAUACGAGGUGUUUGUUCCAGGCUACGUUGCCGGUGGAUGACGGGUUGGCGAUGAGGUUGCUGGAGGAGGCGUGCGGAAAGGCGAGGGAGUUAAGGGAGAGCGAGGCUGGCUGGCCGGAGGAAGAGCUGGAGUGGAUGGCUGCUACGGCGUUUAAUCACGGGAUUGAUUGUUUCGCUGCUGGGGAGAGGGAGAGGGCGAGGGGGUGGGGGGAGGGGGCGGUGAAGCUGGCGGGGUUUUGUAGGGAUGGGGGUGGGUUGGAGGGGAUUUUGAGGGGAAAGUUGGGGAGGUUGGAGUUGGGCUAG